AUGGCCGACGAAGGAGAGGGCGAGGUGUUUGAUGGAGCGCAGCUCUCCAGGGGAGGGUUUGGCCGCGGAGCAUGCUACUGGAUCGAGUCGCGUGAUGCGGUGGAGGUUGGGGUAGAAUCGGAUACGCAUUCCCCAAGGCCGCGGGCCUCCCCCGCGCGCCUGCUGCGGGCACCAUCGACAUGUUCGAAACAGACAGCCAGCCAACAUGUCUGCUCUGCAAACCGGAAACGGGGAUAUCACGCGACAGCCUCUGAAACCUCCGCUAGACGACUGCGUGAGAGUGUUCAUAAGAAGAAAUCCUUCAUUGCGCCGUCGGUUAGAAUCUUCCAUACCACUUCUCCCCUCUCGGCGAUUCCCGAUCCCUAUAAGGUCCUCGGAGUGGACAAAGGCGCCUCCGCCAGUGACAUCAAGAAGGCAUACUACGGCAUGGCCAAGAAAUACCACCCGGAUACCAACAAAGAUGCCAAUGCCAAGGAAAAGUUUGCCGAAGCGCAAUCCGCCUACGAAUUGCUAUCCGAUGCGAAGAAGCGCGAGAACUACGAUCGAUUUGGCUCCGCAGCCUUUGACCAGAAUGGCGGGUUCGACCCCAAUGCCGGCGGUAACCCCUUCGCUGGCGCCGGCGGCUUCGGUGGCUUCGGCGGUGGUGGAUUUGGUGGUAGCCCAUUCGGUGGAGGCUUUGCGCAGGAUAUCAACUUUGAGGACCUCUUUGGCGCUUUCGCUGGAGGCGCUCGCCGAGGCGCUCGUGGGCGACGCAAUCCCUUCCAGGAGCAGAUUCUCGUCGGCGAGGACAUCGAAGUACAGAACAACAUUUCAUUCAUGGAGGCUGCCAAGGGAACGUCUAAGGAGAUCAACAUCACUCCCUUGACACAAUGCGGAACUUGCAAGGGCGAUGGAUUGAAGUCCGGCGCAAAGCGGUCCCAGUGCAAGCAAUGCAAUGGCUCCGGAACCCGUGUUCACUUCAUGCAAGGUGGUUUCCAGGUUGCUGCGACUUGCGAUGCCUGUGGAGGUAUUGGUAUGAUCGUUCCCCGCGGAUCGGAGUGUGGUGGAUGCCAUGGAAACGGUGUCGUUCGGGAACGCAAGACCAUCAAGGUGGAUAUCCCUGCUGGUGUUGAGGAUGGUAUGCGGAUGAGGGUGACCGGGGAGGGUGAUGCCCCACCUACUGGAACAUCUGCCGCAGCCGGUGCUCGAACUCAACGGGGUGAUCUAUAUGUCACUAUUCGAGUUGCUCCCGAUCAGCGAUUCAGCCGCAACGGAUCCGACAUCCUUUACACCGCCACCCUCCCUCUUACCACCGCUCUUCUCGGUGGUGAGGUGACGAUUCCGACCCUCGACAACGAAGUCAAGGUCAAGGUGGCUACCGGCACCGGCACCGGUGAUCGGAUCACCUUGUCCGGCAUGGGUAUGAAGAAGCUCGGAGGCCGUGGUGGCCGCUUCAGCCCCACAGGUGACCUGAAGGUCGAGUUCAAGGUUGCUAUGCCGAAGUACCUGACCGGUAACCAGCGGACUAUUUUGGAGGUCCUUGCGGAUGAGAUGAAUGACAAGACGGCUAAGCGGACCAUGAAUUUCAACAAAGAGAGCCCUGCAUCGCCCUCCGAGUCUGCCGGUAACGGCAGAGACGAAGGAUUCCUCAAAUCCAUCUGGCACAAGCUGACGGAUAAGAACUGUGAUCCUUCAAAGCCCGAGGCCAAGGAUGCUAAGGAUAACAAGGAUGCUGGCAAGACCGAUGCCAGCAAGGACGACUCGAAGAAGUCGAGUUAA